UCAUGCAGUUACAUAUGUUAUGAGUUGACGACAGGCAACUUCGUAGUUUUAAAAUUUUAAUUUUCAGUUAUUUUGGCGAAAAAUAAAAUGACUUGUUAACUCGGACCAGUCAAAGAAAGUAUAUCGAUUUCGAUGGAAUGGCAACGGAAGAAAAUCAUGAACAAUCGAAAAAGCGAAUUGGAAAUGCCAAGGCGAGAAUGAUCGAUGUGAAAGAAAAACUCUUGCACCUUAAGAAAAUAGUUACCAUUGAGCCUUUGGUUUGUCUACUUGUUCUAGCCAGGAUAAUGAGCGGACCCGCCCUUACGAAUUUGCAUUUUGAAAAAGCGUGUAAGGUGAAUGCGAAAUAUAACGAUACCAUUUGUGAAGCAAUUCUCUCGGGAACAUAUCGGGAACAGAACUUCACAGAAGAAAACAACGUUGUUCAAUCCUACAUAACUCAAGUGCGUUCAUGGGAUGUGCCAGUGUCAAGCGUUCUUCCUGUCAUAAUUAUAAUGUUCGUGGGUGCCUACAGCGAUCGCCAUAAAAUUCGAAAGCCCUUCAUACUAAUGCCGUUAAUCGGCGAUGCAGUAGGAUUCAUUGGGAGUGCCAUCAAUGUUUGGUACAUGUACGAAUGGCCUUUGGAAAUUCAGGUAAUAUCCGAUAAAGUGAUCCCCUCGAUGUUUGGUUCGGAAAGAAUGACCUCAACUAUUGGAUACGCAUAUAUUGCCGACAUUAGUACACCAAAAAUGCGACUCAUUAGGUUGACUACGAUACCGAUCGCCCUAACGAUCUUGACGCCAAUAUUCCAAGCAGUAAGUGGACUUUUGUUUCGUAAAGUGGGCUACUUUACGAUAUUUGGUAUAAGUUUGUGUAUGUCUGUCACUGCCUUCGUGUAUGGUGUUUGCGUGGUAAAGGAAUCUGUUACAACUCAACAGAGCAAAAAGAAGUUAAUCCAAGACGUUUGCAAUUUGGAGCACGUUACGGAUACGUUUAAGCUCUUGGUGCGGAAGAAGAAUAAUGUUGACCAUGCGAAUUUUAUAAUGUUACUACUGAUUUGCUUUUUGCAUGCAAUGAUAUAUUCAGGUGAGCAAAGCGCGUUCUUCUUAUUUGUACAACAAGCUUAUCAAUGGACCGUAGUGGAGUACAGCUAUUUUACGACUGGGAAUACAGUGCUGAAAUUUAUAGCUCUGUCGGUUGCGGUACCAUUAUUUGUAAAGGUGUUCAAACUUCACGAUAUUGCAAUAAUAAUUAUCGCUUAUGUGGAUUCUAUAUUGUCGAGUGCCAUUUUCGUCAUCGUUCAGUCGCCUGUUGGCAUUUACAUUGGUCAGGCAUGCUCAAUUUUAAAACCAACGGGCUACCCUGCCACUCGCUCUCUCCUAACUAAGGUUGUUUCCGCCAAUGAUGUGGCCAAAGCAGUUUCCCUAAGCACAAUCGUUCAAGCGAUUGCUGCAGCAGUUGCGGCACAAGUUUAUCACCAAGGAAUAUACGAGCAUACACGGACCACAUUCCCACAGGCGUUUCUACUGUUUGGCAUCGGAGUACACUUACUGGAAAUACCGAUCCUGUUGUUUAUGCUUUGGAGAGAAAAGAACAAUAGCAAUCGUUCUGGUAAUGCUGUUUCUCAUGUCGGAUUAGAAGAGCAAAUAACGCAAGAAGUCCAUUUAUGAACGAUUGAAAAAUUGACUUCUUUCUCCAUCAAAACUUACAAUUAAAUACGAACGUAUGGAUCGCAUACGUUAGUAAAUCUAAAUUGUGAACAAAAUUUCUGGCUAAAUUAUUAUUUAUUAACAA